AUGCCGCUAUGUGACCGCUGCAGCCUCCUUUCCAUCGAUGGACUGGUCGAACAGGACGUCCCAUUCCAACCCGACAUCGGAACGCUCAAGGCGUCCGCAGACCGGGGAUGCGCCUUUUGCGCGCUUUGUUGGUAUACCAUGAGAACCUCCAACAAGUUGGCCCUCGUCGAAAACCUGCUCCGAGGCGAGUCUGCCUGGCCGGGCGACGACGCGUGGACGCCUCAGAUAUGGCUGCGCGGCGUCAGUUUUCACCAGCGUGGCCAGGACGGAGCUCACAUCGCCGUGAGCUGUGGAAAACUGCAUUGGGGACCCGAAGCCUGGAAACAGGAUCCCGACUGUAACAGGACACCCACCGUGGAUGGGAAGCUUGAGGUCUACGAUAUCGCCUCCAAGGUCGAGCCUAUGCCGUGGCGCCUACGUUGA